GAAAUAAAUAUUUUUUAUGCUUAACUAUGCGAAUGUUUUUAAACUGGCAUUUCGUCUGUGUGGAACUACCUGUUCGCUUGAAAUUGUAUCCUACGCUAACACCCGUGUGAUCGAAACCUAUUAUUUUAUGCGACGUUGCGUAAUCCCUUCCUUUGAUAGCCAAUUUUAAACCUUUUACUUUCAACGCAGAUUCCGCGAUAAACAUGCUAGACUAACUUUUCAAAUCGUAAUACACGAAAUAGCUGACACCCCGACUGUGGAAAAAUCGUAAAAUGUUACACUUUUUCCGUAGAACGAGAUUCGAGAAAUUAGAUCAAUUAUCUGCCGAAGGCUGCUUUAUGAAGUGUUAUCGUAAUGGAAAUACACUGUUGGCAAUAAUUAGUGGGCUAUUUACUUAGACAACUGACGAUAUAUUUCGGAAACUUUAAUCUAUCGUUUGAUAAACAGAUUAACAGCGAAUAACAUUUCAGUACGCAAAUACGUAGUAUAAAUUGCCCGUGUUAUUCCUCGAAGUUAGUUACCUUGGUAAUUUAAACCGCUUCCGCGACUACUUAUUCACGAACAAACCGUUUUCUAAAAUUAAAUUCGGCUCUUCUAUAUUCGAUACACGUCGAAACUUCUAAGCCAACCUAAAUACUAAAUCUACCAUUUCACCGAAGAUUAUCACGCUCGCUUUAAUACUCCCACGAAAAACAGAAGUAAGGGAGAAAAUUUGAACGUUAUCACCAUUAUCAUCGUGUGAACGCCUCUUAACGUAAUCGCGCCUGCGCAAUUGCGAGCGGUUCCAGUUGAACUGGUCUCUCCGGAGUUACCGCGUGCUGAAAGCCACGAUCGUUCCGCAAACCGCAGUACCGCGUUAGUCGUGUUAACGAGAGUGCCUUUGGUUCGCCUGUUAAUCAUAUCGAGAACGCCUUUCGAACUCUCGAUUUUCAUCGGUUCACUAGCAAGUUCACUUCGAUCGUGUCCAUCUGUGCAUUCCCCAAAUAAUUAAACGGCCUCGUGUACGUGUGAAACAACCACAGAUGGAAGUAAGCAUGGACGUAACGUCGAACAAAUACCCUGAGUUCAACAGCAACGGUGGAUUGGAAAAAUGUCUGCUACGCAUAUUCAAAUGGUAAAGUGGACCUUUCCUGCAUUUGCCCUUAUUAUUGGUUUAUUGUGGUACAAACGUCGUCGAGUGGACAGAGCUGAUCCAGGUGGAAUUAAUAAAUUAGAUCGAAGCGAGGAAACUAUCGCCAAUAACGUAAAAGAGGUUGCACCAUCAAAUUGUAACACGAGCUUUUGUGAUUCUGGCGUACAAAUUGAUGAGCUCCUCUCAUUGAGCUCUUCCAGUCAACAAGUAGAAGACAUUAUUUGUAGUCCUAGAAAAAGAAGCGAAAGUUUAGAUAUUCCACGAAGGAAGGCUGGUUCACAGUGUAUUUCUGCACAUUCUAGAACUCCUCCUGAAGAUGACCAAGAAUGGUACAGUUACGUGGAUACAACGUCAAAAAUGGAAAUACAAUUAGGUAGUAAUCCGAAAAUAAGCAAUUUCGACACGAUUGCAAGAAGUAAAAGCGCAUCCUCCUUAGACAAAGUUGCUGAUUCCGGUGGCAAAAUGCUAAAAAUAUUUGAGAACGUUGUUGAAGAGGAGGAACAAAAAUUACCCUCUGAGAAUAACUUAGAACAGUUCGUUAACACAAACGAAGAAAAUAACACAAAUAACGAAUGUAACCUUCCAAACAAAAAGCUACCUGUUACCUCUCCAUCAAAGGAUGAUGCUAAUACUUCAACACAAGUAUUAUCUGAAAGAGAUUCUGCCAACCAUAGUCCAGUUUCUGGUGUUUUAGAAGGCAGUGUCACUGAUGAAGCUAGAAGUGAAGGCAGUACAGAUAGUGGAAAAGGAGGAAGUAUCAAAGGUCACACAAAGGAUAAUGUAAUUCCAAUUACAUAUGAAUUUUGCAUACCUCAACAUUUAGUUGGAAGAUUAAUUGGUCGUCGUGGAAGUUUCUUCCAAAGCAUUCGGCUUAAAGCCGAAGUACACAUAGUCGUUAAACAACAUCCAAUAUUUAGAAAUCAAUAUAUUUGUACCAUACAGGGUUCUUCGGAAGGAAUUAACGUCGCUCUAGACAUGAUACGACAAAAAUUUCCUGAAAAGGAGUAUCCGCAUGUGUGUCUCGAACAAAUUUUGCCAUUAAAAAUGCUGGAAGGGAUCCCAUUAGUUACUGGAAUAAUGCAGCUAUCGUUAGUGGAGGGAAUGAAUAAUGAUAUUAUUGUAUCUCACAUAGUAAAACCAAAUCGAUUUUUCGUACAGCUUCCCACUCACCCCACGUAUCCACUCUUAUGUAUUUUAGAAGAAAAUAUGACACAGUUGUAUAACACGACAGAAUCACCACCAGCUCCAGAAGAACUUAGUAAGGGUAUGAUCUUAGUAGCAAAAUGGUUUAAUAGGUGGGUCAGGGUAUACGUCGAACAACCAGACCCACACAGGGAGCAGCAUCUAGUACGACUUGUUGAUCACGGAGGUUAUUGGGUCUUUAGUAAUGCUGAAAUGAAAAAAAUUAGGUCCGAUUACCUUACGUUACCGUUUCAAGCAAUUGAAAUAUUCUUAGCAAACGUUCAACCGACGAACGGUAAAUGGAAUCAAGAGGCUUAUAAUAUAGUUGCUCACAUGUGUUAUGGAAUUGUCGGUCAAGCUCAAAUAGAAGGGUAUAUCAAUACAGACACAUAUGUAAACCUUUAUCUCAAUAUUCAUAAACACGGGGUUAUAUCUCUUGCUGAGGAAUUAGUAGCUCGUGGAUUCGCAGAAUCCGUACCAUUAGAAAGCAUAGUUCCAGAAGAAGGUAUAUCAAUUUCUUAAGGUAUGAUUAGAAAUUUAGUCUUUAAUAAUUGUACUGUAAAGAAACCGUACGGUGAUAAUACGUGAUCAUGUAAUUUUUUUAGUCAUUAUGCGUAUAUUUUUUCGAAUUCGUUUUCAUACUCGGAGUUUCAUACUUCAUAAUACUUUCAUACUUUAAGUAAA